UUCUUUCUAUACGUUUGUGUAUUGCUCUAUAUUUACAUUUAAUUGUUGUUUGGUAAAAUUAAGGUAUGAAUUUGCUCUUGUUAUUUUUUUUCUUCAUUUUUUUCUUUAUGGGUUAAUGAUUAUGUUGAUGAAUUGUGUUUCUUGUGCAUGGAUUUUCUAUUAUGUGCAUUACUUGUUUAAGACGUGUUAUGGUAUUGAAUAAUUAUAGGGUUCUUGUAACGUUUAUGCUUAAAGGAAUCUCUUCUCUUUCAUUUUCUCUAGAAAAAUACACUGUUAAAUUCACUCCUUAAUUGUAGGUUUUUUUCGAGUUUGUCGUGUCUUUUUCUAUUUUCAAUAUGGGUUCAUGCAUAUGACGAAGAAUUUUGGUUUCCUAUAUUGUAGGCUUUUUAUUUUGUGAAGUGCUUGUACUUAAGAUAUGUGUUCUGGUUGUGAAUAAAUUUGGGCUUUUUUAUAAUGUUAUUAUUUCCGAUUAAUGAUAUUUCUUUGAAAUGCAAAGGGAAAUAAUUUCUUGACCAAAUUGUUGGAGUUCGAUAGACAAAUGCUCUAUGAAUUUUGUACGGGGAGGUUUUGUAAUGACCCGAGCCUCAAUGCCAAGACGUUAUAUCAUAUGUAUUGUCCCUUAUGAGAGAAUCUCUGCCCAUCUCGUCAUUCGGGGAUUUCUAUUACUUACUCAUGACUUAAACCCAAAACCUCUACAUAUGAGAAACUUAAGUUAAAUUUUGGUACUAAUUGGUAGGCUAGGAUCGUUAUAGGCGUUGCUAAUUUUCUGUAAGCUUCCAUGGUUUCUCCCUGAAAACAGGGAAAACUGGCAGUAAUUAACUUUGAAGUCGCUUUUUACCUUGGUUUGCAAAUUUAUUGAUUUUGUAGACCAUCUUGUAGCGGAGCCAUGUUUGCAAUAAGAAUGAAAUAUUAUGCGUUGUUGCAAUGUUCUGAAAUAGACCUCAGUAUUUUCCAUUAAUAUACCUUCAAUGCGAAACAGAAUGUCUGAGAAAUUUGUUGAUGCUUAUUUAUAGAGAGUCGAAGCCUCCAGAAUAUAUAUGAUGAGCAGAGUGGUUUUAACUUACAAGCGAAGGAGGCCACCCUCUAGGUUUGAUGUUUCUCAUCAAAAUGCGUGUUUUGAGACACAGGAGGAAUGCCGAGAGUCCAAAGCGUCUACUACUUUGGACAAGUAUGAAAAGCCAAGUGGAGAAAAUAGAUUGGAGAACCAGAACAAAGAAUCUGGGAUGUGCCAUGAAUACUUUAGAGACAAAGUUGGUGACAGUAUGUUUCAGUGUCAAAGCUGCUAUCGGCAGUAUCGUGUUGAAUGUCUUAAUCCUCAAAAGCAUGCUUCAAAAGAGAAAAGGCUUUGCUCUGGUUGUAUCAAGGAAGAGUAUUCCUCAAGCAGACUGGAGGGCGAGACCCUUUCUGUAGAAUCUGAUGUGACACAAACAAGAUUUCAUUCAAAAAAUGUACUUUUGGAAGGAAGUCCCCCCAAAAAAUGCAGCCAUGAGAGUAAGGAUGCAGCUAUUUCAGAAAAAUUAACUUUGGAAGAAUUGAACUUAGCUAGUAAAGAUAAAUGCAGUAGCAUAUGCAACAAUUCAACCGCAAAACGGAAGUUUUCCUCAACACUAAUUACAUUUCAUCGAAGACCCAAGCAGAACAAGGAUACCACUGGGCCAAAUACAAAAUCCAACAUAAAAGUUGGAAAGGGUUCUUCAUCGGCAACAGAGGGAUGUAUGUUUGCAUCUGCUGUCUCCACCUGUAAAUUUGAAACACCAUCGGCUAAAAGCUGUUCAAAUGAUCAUUCGGAGGAUCUGAAGAAUGGGAAGGAUAUACAACGGAGGAAUUCCUUUGUUAGGAAUGAAGAAGAAGUAUAUAGUCGAGAAACUGAUUUUAAGACUGAGCUUGCUGCAUCAGCACCAAAGACUGAGAUUGGCAUCCAAGCGGACGAGCAAUUGAAGUCUCUGCAUAAAACAGCCAAUGGCACCUCAUCUACUAUUGUUCAACUUAGUUCGGAUUCUCUUAAGUCGACUUCUUUUCAUAGUUACAUCGCCAGGGAUGUUCAAGAAAAUCAUCACAUAAAUCCAUCAAGAAACUUAUCAGAUGCUCCCACUGAAGAUUUGGAGCACAAGAUUGUUCAAAGUUUAUCAAAUGAAGAUUUGAACACCACGGAAUUGCCAGAUGAAUUGUCAGGGAUUAAAUGUUCUCAAGCAUCUCGGGACCUAUCCGUUGCUGCACCUGCUCGUGAUAUUGACUGCAAUGUAGCACUGGACUCUGGUUCUGAUGAACCUUGUUUUCAUAAGGUGUUUCCUCAAAGCAAAAAUUUAGAACUUCUCAAUGGGAAAAUUAAGGAGAAUAUGUUGACUCACGAAGCAAGGAUAAUAGAAAGUGGUGGUUCUCUGGUGAAAGUCGUGGACAAAAGCAAUGAUUCUGUAAAUCAUCCUCCACAGUUCAGGGACAUCGCAUCAAAAAAUAAUUAUCUUCAGUUGUUCCCUGAGAAUAGAAGCCAUGACUUGUUACCAUCAGCAAACACACAGCACAAGGCCGUUGCUCUUGUGGGAUCGGAAGAAAGCCUGAGCCAGCUCAAAUCCCCCGCUAUUACAAGAUCUUCGCUCUUUCUUGGUUUAUCCCUGCCAAUGGAGCCAACAGUUGCUUUCAAUCCCAUGUAUCAGUGGCCCAAUGUUAACAUCCAACCUCAUGAAACCUUUCACGAUUUAGCACUGCAACCUUGUUUAGAUCAAACGUCGCCAUUCUUAAGACAUAAGAUGAUGCUCGAUAACAUUUUAAGGAGAGCAAGAGGGGCAAAGGGGAACAGAGGUAGCUUUUCCAACAGGUUUGAAUCUCCGACCACCUGGUCAGAAGAGGAGCUAGAUUGUCUGUGGAUCGGAGUGAGAAGACACGGAAGAGGUAAUUGGGACGCGAUGUUGAAGGAUCCGAGACUGCGUUUCUUUCCCUGGAGGACGCCGAAGGACUUGGCUGAGAGGUGGGAUGAAGAUCAAUCCAAACUUGUGUAUGGCAUGCCCUUUUCCCAAUCGAAAUAUGCCAGUACCCCGGAUGAUUUGUCAUACAGUAUGAAGCACUUUUCAUAUCCUAAAAUAAAACAUCCAUCCGAUGAUGUCCAGCUUUCACUUGGAGAUGUACCUUCCAGGUAUGAGGAUAGUGUUGAGAAAAUAUCAUCAAUGGAUUUCAUCCAUAUUCAACAUAAUGGGCUACUUCAGAAACCAGUUACAGACUCGAGGACCUUUCUGUCCUAUAGUUAUGCAGUAGCAGGUGCUGAAUCUUCGUUGCAUAUGGGUCCCAUGACGAGCAUGGCUGUGAAAGAUUAUAGUUUACCGCCAUGGCUAAGAGAAGCAGUUGCCAUCCCUCCAAGGCCACCUGACACAGUCCCAACUUCGUUUGAUUCGUCUACUUCUCAUCCCGGAAUGCAGUUGUUUAGACAGCCAUAUUUCGACUCUAAUCUCUGUCAUCAACAAGCAAGGAACAGGUUGAAUAACAAGCACAUCUCAGGUAAAUCUGAGCUACAAACAGGUGGUAGAUCUCAUUUAACCAAUUUACCACUGAUUACAAGAUGUGGGAAGACGAAACCAUCCGAUAAUAACCAAGAGGAUUUGAUCGUCAUCCACAGUGAUGCCUCGUCCGAAGAGACGAUAUCUGACGAUCAUUGUUAGGCCUAACUGCAAGCAAAAUUUCUUGUUGAUCUUUAGUUGAGUUUUGGAACUGUAAAAGGAUAGAUGUAAGUUGUGAUGAAUUUUCUGUAUACGUAGUUAUACUUUAUGUAGUGUUCUUGCUUUGAUGAUUUCAAUUCCUACUGUUAUCUAAUUUUUUUAGA